CAGGACGGCCAGAUUCUCGCCUGCUGUGCAACAGGUCAAUUCGACCUCGGCCUGCAAUUAUGUUUUGUGAGUCUGUGACAUCUCAUCCAAUGGGGAGGGUUCGGUACCCGUCCACCGACGCGCUGAAACGUGAAAUCCACCGCCCCCGACCGCAGGCCGUAAUCAGCCUGAAGAAUAACCGGCGUCGCGGACGUGUUUCAAAUGCGCCAUCAAUUUAAGGGGAGGCCCCCGUCACAGACCCUCGCUUCACCCCCCCGCCGAGCCAAAAGACCACGGAAAGUACCUCACGUGAACGUGUAUAUUUCAACACAUCAUCGUUAGGCGCGUUGCGGAUGUUGAGAUGACGGGCGUGGCAAUCGGACGGACAGCCCGGCCCCGGCAUCCAAACCCGUCGGCGAAACGCGUUGGGCCAUGCUCAAGACAUUACCGGACGCGGCCCCGUUGUUCCUACCGGGGCGUGGGCGCUGUCACGAUCUGGCACACGAUCGCAAAGGCCAUUUGCCGCGUGCCCGUGCUCGCGAUGCAUGCGGAGCGACUCGCCACCGCCGAUGGGGGUGCCAUGCUGGUUGGAAGGGUCCCAUCAUGCCGCGAUCGUGGCAGGCGGCGACGGUGGUGCGCGACUCGGAAACGUAUACUCGAAUCGCGCGGGUCCUCCACGGACUGCGCAGUUGUGCCACCCAGCACCUUUGCUGGCAAGGGUUGCUUUGCAUCUGAUCCAGGAGAGCGGUACGCAUGCCCCAACAAGAAGACCCCAUUCGCGUCUCGCAUGUACUUCUCACUGCGUCAUGUCGGCCAAUCUUUUAUCUCGGAUUCAUCAUUGCCAACUAGAUCCGUUCUCUAUUCCCAGCGGCUAUCCAUAUUCCUCGAAUUGGCAAUAGCCGAUACCUAAUGCUUGCCCGUGUGCAGCGUUCCGGGCAGGCUAUGCGACGCGGGGCAGCCAGCUUGGGGAGGGGGCCGUCUCUCCGAAGACGCGACAAGGGGCUGAACGAACGAUGAAGUGGCCUUUUGGGCCUUGUACUGGAUGCCAGGCCCGAGUCAUCGAAUCCCUCGGCGAUGUGCCUUUGCCGGAGUCCAGACCCAUUUAGGCUGCUUCGUGAUCGUCUGUUCUGUCCUGGACGCCUCCAGCGACACGUCUAUCACGGUACCCCUAGCAGGGAAUCCAGUCGGUUGCAGCUCCUCCGCAACCCUCCGCAACAGUCGGCACGUCGCUAGUCGUGCGGGAUCUGCAGAGCCCUUGGUCCCGGGUCAGGUUGUAUGGCGGUGCCGUGUUCCCGACAAUUGAUAUCGCCUAAAGGGCACCUUGUCUGUUCGUAUCGACCG